GACGGGAGCCGCUGUUUCCAAUUCAUCAUCGCAGAGGAACCCAUUUCAUUUUGAUCAUUUUUCGUUAACGUUCUUAAUUCAAUGAUGGCAACAGGAUACUGACAGUCAUGGCGAAGAACCGGGAUUGACUGCCAUGUGUGAUCCAUCUUUUUUGCGCCUCGCAUCACAGACCAUACCAGGCUUAUGCAUUUUAAAUAUAUAGGGCGCUUACAUGUACUGUGUACAUGUCUACACACAAAAUGACUACACUAUGUGAGAGGACAACGUUGAUGUCACUGGAUAUAUCCAGGGACGAUGCUCGAUAAAGCGGAUUUAUUCCAUUCGAAGAUAAGAAGUGUAUCGGUGUGGCGUGAGAGAAAAUGUCUUUGGCAUCAGUCGAGAUUUCGGCAAAGAAAAUGAAGAUUGGGAAGAAGCGUUGCCCUGUAGCCCAGUAGCGCGUGCCAAUCGUUAUUUACAAGUAUAAAUCGGUGCACGAGAUAAUGAUACUGACACUGUGUCUCAGAAUUAAACGAAACCACAAACCAGAGCAUAAAUAGAGUGAUUGUGCUAGUCAAUUGUGUUUGAUUUAGUCACAGUGUAAUGGGAAUAUAGUACUGCUAAGGUUUGGCCUAGCUUUAUGGAGAACCCGAAGACAUGACAUGCACACGAAAAAAGAGGAAACGACAUUUUUUGUUUUUUAAAACCUGUAUGUACGUAAGAAACCAGCUCCAGGCAUAAAAAGUUUUCAGCCGUUGGACAAAAGAUUUUACAGUGAAACAGGUCUUGUUUCUUUUUUCCCCCAGACGUGACCAUUCCCAGUAUUCAUUAAUUCAUUAUUUAUUUAUUUGUUUGUUUAUUCUCUGUUGUUUGUAAAGGACGUCGAGGCUUCUUGGAUUAUAAUCUGGAUUCAUGUGCGAUUCAAUGAACGCGUUGUCUGGGGUGGAAGAAACAUAUUUCCAACUUUUUUGUGUGUUUUUAUUUUAUUUAUUUAUUUAUUUUGAUAUAUUUGCAACAAGCUCCCGUUAAGGCCUACCAUCGCCUCAAGAUCCAUUAUCUGGAGGAAGACCAAGAAUUCUAGGUGUGAAGGCCAGAGGUGGCACCUUUGAAGGGAAGUUCCAAAGAGAACUGUGAAAAAUGGGGCAAUGCAGAUCAAGCUUCUCACCUUUUAUUUGAGACAACAACGAAAGGCAACCACGAGGACGGACGACAGCUCAGCCGGAGGAGGCGGAGGUGGAGGAGGGAGUGGAGGAAGUGGGGGUAAAGGAGGAGUUGGUUUCGUCGGAGAAGGCGUGCAAUUAGAGCAGCGAAAGGGAUGGCCAACGGAAACGCAAGCAGCGAUGGGCCUGGGAACCCUUUGGCAGCCAUAGUGUCUACUACAGGUGGCAUGAUAGGUGGAGCACCUUCUUCGGCUGUUUCUACCUAUGUCAAACUUGUCCUUCUGGGGCUGAUCAUCUGCAUCAGCCUGGUAGGCAACUUAGUGGUGUCUCUGCUGGUGCUACGGGACAGAGCGCUUCACAAGGCACCUUAUUACUUUCUUUUGGACCUCUGCCUUGCUGACACCAUUCGUGCAGCGGUCUGCUUUCCCUUUGUGCUGGUUUCCAUCAAGAACGGCUCUGCUUGGACUUAUAGCGUGCUCAGCUGCAAGGUGGUGGCAUUCAUGGCUGUACUUUUUUGCUUCCAUGCUGCCUUCAUGCUGUUCUGCAUUAGCGUCACACGUUACAUGGCCAUCGCCCACCACCGGUUCUACUCUAAGCGAAUGACCUUCUGGACCUGUAUUGCAGUGGUCUGUAUGGUCUGGACACUGUCGGUUGCCAUGGCGUUCCCACCUGUCUUCGAUGUAGGCACCUACAAGUUUAUCCGCGAGGAGGACCAAUGCAUCUUUGAACACCGCUACUUCAAGGCCAAUGAUACAUUAGGCUUCAUGCUCAUGCUGGCUGUGCUAAUCCUGGCCACUCAUGUGGUUUACAUGAAACUCCUGCUGUUUGAAUACAAGCACCGGAAGAUGAAGCCGGUCCAGAUGGUUCCAGCCAUCAGCCAAAACUGGACCUUUCACGGGCCUGGAGCCACUGGCCAGGCAGCCGCAAACUGGAUAGCAGGGUUCGGCCGUGGUCCAAUGCCUCCCACUUUAUUGGGCAUCAGGCAGAACUUGCACAACCAGAACAGACGCCUGCUAGGCAUGGAGGAGUUUAAGGCCGAGAAGCAGCUUGGCAGGAUGUUCUAUGUCAUCACCUUGUUUUUUCUGGUGCUCUGGUCCCCAUACAUUGUGGCCUGUUACUGGCGGGUUUUUGUGAAGGCAUGCACCAUCCCACACAGGUAUCUGUCUACCACCGUGUGGAUGAGUUUCGCACAGGCUGGCGUUAAUCCCAUCAUCUGCUUUUUUCUCAACAAAGACCUGAAGAAGGGCCUGUUGGCCCACCUGCCUCCCUGUUGUAGAACUCCACCUCAACUGCCCCGUGAGCCUUACUGUGUAAUGUGAAGAUGAGUUUUCAUUCAUAUUGUUAUUUUUUCCAUUCCAAUUUUUCCAUUGGAUGAUUGAAGAGUGGACAGACAGUGGAGGGGAUUAUGAGGUCUAAAAGUAAUUUUUAAGAGCUGUUGUGGCCUUUGAUUAAGUUUAAGAUGCUUUAAAAUUGGUGGAUGUCAAGGAAUAAGCAUCUACUGUCAUCUUAUAGUGAUUUUAAAGGGAAAAUGAGCUCUAUGCUAAGAUGCGAUAUGGUAAAUCAAAUUGAAACAAGUUUGAAGAACCAUAUGUUUUCCAAUGGGAUGUGUUAAGAGUGGUUAAAAACAUGACAAAUCUAGCUAUUUAGAAAUCGCCCAAACUGGUAUAUUUUAUAGUGAAUGUAUUAUGGCUAUAUCAAAGGGGUUCUUAUGAUUUAACCCUACAAACAUUACCAUUUGGCUCAAUAUCUCUGUCCCUUUACAAAGAUCCUAAGGGCCUCAAAACAAAAAUUAACAAAAAUGUAUUAUUCAUGCCUUGUGAACAGCUGCACUCUUGACCGAGUAAUUUGUUUUAUUUAAACUAACUAUUCAAAAAUACUUAACAUGCAUGUAUAUUACCUUAACUUUAAGGGCAAAACAAACUUGAGAUUAAACUAUUUUUAAGGAUGAGUGCCAGGAGACAAGCAUAAGCCUCUAUAGGAAUGGUAAUAAAGUUUCUACAAUUUCAGGUAGGAAUGA